AUGUCGUGCCACAUAUGCGGAGCAUCAGAGACAGAACCUCACUUUGGUGGAGUGUCAUGCAGCGCUUGUGCCGCAUUCUUCCGUCGCUACUUCCAUUCCAAAAAGUCAGUGGCAUCAUGCACUUGUCAAGUCAGAUUCCGAAACAGUCAUCCUUGUAGAGAAUGUAGGAUUUUGAAGUGUCUGGAAGCAGGAAUGAAUCCGGAGAAAGUUCAACAGAAACGUGAAAAGCAUCCACCAAAGAAGAGGGUUCUUCAAGAGGAGGUUUCAAUGGUGGCCUCAACUUCAAAUAAUCCAUAUAUUUCAUCAAGUCCACCAUCUCUUCCGAUGUCUCCGUUACCACUUCAAAUCAUUCCCCGAGACUCUUCAACAAUUGCGUUGACAGCUUUGAGUUGGCAGAAAGUGCAAAACAAACGGAGUCUGAUGUUCAAUAAAACAUUGGAUCAAACUAAUUACUAUGAAUUAUCAUGCAUCAUGAGAGAGGAUUGUUCGAUGGUUUGGAAGAUAGUGGAAGACUUGUUCCCGUCUGCCACGUGGAAUUUGAGAAAGUUGGAUAAGGAAGCCCUUCUCCGAAACUUCUUGCCGAAAUGGUCAGUGUUGACGGCUGCAAUUGACAUGGAAGCGAAUGUACAAAGAUAUUCGAAAUUCAAUAAUUUAGAGGAUUGUAAGAGGUUGAUAGUUAAUUUUUAUACGGAUUCAAUUCCGAAUCGGUACCGAAUGACACCGGAAAAUAUAUUAGAAACAUUCGGUCCAAUACUAGCCUACUAUGGGCAACAUGUCAUCCUUCCAAUACAUGCAAAAAGUUUAGACAAAGCGGAAUAUAUGGCUCUUGCUUUGCUUAUUCUUUUUGAUGGAGCCUACACGAACAUCAGCGUGGAGUGCUCUGAAAUGUGCCGAAAUAUCAGAAAUCUGAUAUAUCGAGAACUGAAAGGAUACCAAAUGGACAAGAACUACGAUGAGAUGCAGUUCAUAGACACUUUGGAUACGUUGAGUAUGGUUGAGAAAGGAGAAAGAAAGUUCCACGAGGAGUUGCUUAUUUGUGAUAUGCACCAUGUGCAUCUACAUGAUGAUUAUAGAUAUCUUCGUCCCCUAUCUAGUCAAAAGAUGACUUGCCUGGUUUGUGGAUCCCGUCAGUCCGAACCCCAUUUUGGUGGCAACUCUUGUCGUGCAUGUGCUGCAUUCUUUCGCCGUUAUUUCAACUCAAAUAAGUCAGUCAUCGUUUGUAUAUGCAAAACCAAAAAAGUCAACUCUCAUCCAUGCAGAAGUUGCCGAAUGGCGAAAUGUUUUGCAAUUGGAAUGACACCUCUAAAAAUCCAUGGACAACGAGAUCCGAAUGGCUCAUCUCCGAGAAAACUUGAAAAAUCAAUUUCGCCGCUUGAUCUGAAAUUUCCAACCUACACAACUCACAUCUCACCCAGACACACUUCUAACAUCAGUUUAUCUCUUCCAAAUUUUGUUGAAUACGAAAAGAAAAGAUGGGAAAUAUUUCAGAGACCUGAAUCGAUUGGUCUCUACAAAGCCACAUCAUUCACAAAACAAGAUUUUGAUAUAACGUGGGAAUUUGUCAGUGAAAGUUUCCCAGAAUUUCAAAAACUGCUAGCAAGUGAUAAAAAAGCAAUGUUGAACAAUUUCUUGAUAAAAAUCUGGAACAUUGAGCCAGUGAUGGACCACGUAGCAGAACGGGUGAAGUACGAGAAAAUGAAUGAAGAGGAAAUGAUGACCGUCGCUUUUCCUAUGUACGACGGAAGUUUUUUGGAAGGAGAAGAGAUGGGAAAGGAUGAAAUUUGGAGAACUUUUGGUGUUCAUUGGAACCGUUAUUUUUCUUUGCUCAUUGACCCACUAAUCACAUUGGCUCUAGAUAAAAUGGAAAUGAUGGCAGUUAUAUGGAUACUAUUCUUUGAUUAUGCCUACAUUAAUAUCAGCCAAAACUGUUCCGAUUUCAGUUGGAACAUGAGAAAAGUUAUACUUCAAGAACUCAAAAAUUAUGAACUGGAAAAGAAUUUCACUGAGGAACAAGCACAAUCUCGAUUUCUGGAAAUUCUAGAAAUCCCAUUGAUAGUUGAACGAGGAGAGAAGCAAUUCCACGAGGAGAUGAUUCUGUGUGAACUUUAUAAGCUUCGGAUGCAUGAUGAUUUCAGGGUGAUGAUGAAGAAACAAAGGAUUUGA